UGAAAGCAUUCAUUAGAGCUUUUCAUCUUUGCGAUAGCCUGUAUUACAAGCAAUUGCCACUUGAACUAUAGAUCUUUCGAGUACAUUUUGUUGUUUUCCUCUCUUUCAGCCUACUCUCUGAACUGUGACCUAAUCAAGUCAUGAAAAUACUUUAAGCUGCAAAGAAAUUCCAAAUUUAGUGUUCAACUUAUUACAAAACAAGCUCUCCUAGGAUUAGAACUGGAGUGAUCCUAUCAGAAUAUACGCUUAAUAGAAACUGACUACUGUGAAACAUUAAGCUCUGAUAGAUAUGGGUGCAGAACACACUGACCUCCAGAACAUAUUUCCAAGAGUUAAUUAAUGUGAAUUUAUAAGUAACAGAUCUGGAAGAAAAAUAUUAAGUUGCUCCAAUUGUGCAAAUUACUUUAUCUCUUAAAUACAACGGGCUUCUCAGAAAAGAAAAUCCAUAACUUGUGCAAUAUAAAAAAGCUGUAACAGACUUAAAAUGCAGUGAAUUCAUUACUGAACAUAUUUCAGUUUACCGCUAGUUAUGCAGCACAGCAAUCAUUACAUAGAUGAACAAAAAAUGACUUCCAGAAGUAAUUUUCAUAUGAACAAGCACAAAGGUUGAUGUUCCUGAAAGAUUAUACAGAUGACUUAUUCAAAUACAGUCAAAAAUUCCCAUAAAUUAGAGCAAAACAGAAUUGAGUCUAUUCAUUUCAUCACCCUGCUAAUAACACCAGUCAUCUGUUUUUUGUACAUCUGUUCAUUCCUUUCUUAGACUUCCAGGGAAAAGAAAGGCUCCAGAAAACUAGAAGUAAAAAAAAACCACCAUAGACAGAAUAGGCAGGAAAGAAAUUAUAUUUGAAUUCUAUUUAUUUCAGCGAAGGUGACAGAGGAAGCUUCGUCUGUCCCUUCACUCUUAAUGAAGAAUCCAUUCACCAUCAGCUCACUAAGAACCCAAAUAUGAAAAGCCCAGUGGUAGUAACCGCUUUUCACACGUCUCCGAUCUCAUCGUGCCUUCCAUUCUGACACACCAUCAGCUCACUAACGCUAUUGCACAGAACUGCACAAAAAGAUGGAACGAACCUGCUCAACCUAAAGGCCUCUUCAACAUACCACAAAUCUUAUCUGCAGAGUCAAACUCAGCACUUGAGAGGCUAAGAAUUGGGACAGCCAAGGGGGUAAUGGCUUGUUAACUGAGAUCAAUUUAUUGUAUCCUUCAGUGAAGAAGGUAGCUUUACCUGUCAGCAUCCACGUGGCAGCAGUCCUUCCUCCUUCCAAGUACAGGGACUUGACCAGUGGCCACGCUGGCAUGGCCACACACAUCACACAGCAUGCAUCAACACCUCUCAGCUCACAGAAAACAAGUUCAAAAAAUCUGAAGAAUAAAUACAGCAUCAGCGUCUUUAAAUAUUUCAGAGGCAUUUCAGGUGAUGAGAUGUGAAUUUUCACAGGCAUUCACAAAUCAUCAUGGUCUUUCCUCAUUAACCAGACUUCCUAAAUGAUUUUAUUUGCGUCCAGAUUAAAAGGUCUCCAGUGAUAUCCAUGGACUGUUCAGUACUAAAGAGGAUUUAUUCCUCUAAGCAAGAUACGUAAAUUAUUUGUGUAUCUGUACUAGACCACAUCUGUAGUUAUGUCAAAUGCUUGCAAUAUUAUUCAGCAUAUUUUUAACAUAGACAGAUGUGCUCAGCAUUCCAGGCCAAGAAAAGCACAGCAGCCAAAUUCAGCAAAGAUAUUAAUAAUGCUAAGAAAAACUUCAUGUACUGAAUAGUAUUUGAUUUACUAGCAAAUAAAGUAGGUAACCACAGCUAUAACAUACCUUGACAGUGACAGUUAUGACAACUUGCACACACUAAGUCAGACCUGAACUCUCCUGUAUUUAUAUGAGUUCCUAAGAUGACUUAGCUCUGCUAAGAAAGCUUAUUAACUUUUUGUUAAAUUAUUAAGUAAUGAUGAUGCAAGUACAUUUCCAUAUUAUACUACUCCUUUAUGUAACCACUUCAGAAGAAAACAUUUCUAAAAAACUAAUCCUAGCACCCCUUUAUCUUUUAUAAACAGGAAAAUUAAUAGGGACGUUAUUCAGUGGUCUCCCAGGGAUAGUUGGUUGAAAGCCAAUUAAUUGACUGAUCUACAUCUCAAAACUACAUCAGUGUGUCUGGGUUGCAUAAUAGUCACAUUGUAUGUGUAGCAGUCAAAGCAAAAUAAUGAGAUGUACAGAAAUGGAUGGCACUGCAGUUUUAUACAACUAAUUACCUCUUCCUGUAGACCUUCUACAGUGAUACAACUUCUCCCAUAUCUAAAGCGAUCAAAGUCUGUUUGACCUAGGAAAUAUAGUAUCUGCUCUAAAAGAGAAGCACAUUAGAUGGGGUCCUUCAGUAGGUUGCUACCUAUGGUAUCAGAAAGAUUCUAAUUCUCAUAUCAAGAAAGCUCAUCAGCCACUUCAUUGGUCAGACAGAAAGUCAUCCAUCACACACAUACUGACAACAGAGGAAAAAACUCAAUUUCAUUUAUGUUGUCUAGGGUCUGGGCUAAGACUUCCACCACUCAGACAAGAAUUAAGUAAUUAGUUUUUACUCUCCUUAGGAGAAAAUCCUUAAGGACUCUGCAUAUUUUUCAGGUAUGACAAACCUGCAUUGAUUUGAAUGCUCUGGUGAAUGGCUAUUUACUACUUUAAGGACAACUAGCCAUGCUUUUGAUGCAAAAAACCUAAUGGAACUGGCUGUUCUAAUUGCUGGUCUAAUAAAAGAUAAUGUGCAUACCUACAAAAUUAAUGGCUAGGCCACGUAUCAGGAAUAGAAUCUUAAUCCACGACUUCCUAUGUCUUACGCAAGCAUCUUUUUAUAGACAGAGAAGAUGAAAAUGCUUUCCUCUUUGCUUUGCCACCUGUGCUUCAAUUCAGCACAAAAUAGAAUAAUCAGCUGGAUAGACGCUGCAAUUUAAGCAGACGGGCAUUCCCAUAUAUUUAGACUGGGGCAGACUAAGCACCUUGUUAAAUCAAAACCUUGGCUCCCAAAGAUAUCCUCUCACGACUCCAGGAAACCAAGCAAAGCGUAAGCAGUUCCAAAUCUAUAACAAGUAUUGUAAGCACUCUUAUUGUUACAGAGCACAGAACCUUGAGCCUAAUCAAAGAGAGCGGGAUCUUCCUAACACUGGCAAAAAUCCUGAAAAGCAAACCGCGAUGUGCAGUAAAAGCAGCCCAGGUGCUUUCAGAGAUAGCUAAGAAUGAUGAAAUGAAGAAACCAUGUAUUGAAGCAGAUUUGGUUCUGACGUUGAUACCUUUUCUGGAAAGCACAGACCAAGAAAUGUUGCUUCACGCUGGGAGGGCUAUUGGUCGUAUCUGCUAUGAUAACCGUGACCUUCAGGAAGAGCUGGUGAGGGUAGGAGUCAUCCCAUCACUGGUCCGAAUAUUGACCGAUCAUGCAGAGAGUGAACCACUUGUCCACGUAGACCUAUUGGCCUUAUGCAAUCUUGCAGACCUUGAUACAGCUAAAGAAGCUCUAAGCAAGACAAAGGUCGCUGAACAGCUGGUGAAACAACUGAGAAGAGCAGAGAACCACGAGAGGUUAGAAAUCAUCUUUGAGGUCCUUCAAGCACUUGCAGAAAAUGAUGCUCUGAAAGUUCAGCUGGUGGAAGCAGGUGUGCAAGAGGUCCUGUCUGACAUCCUGCUGAGGCUCCAGGGCAGUUCACAAGCUGAAGACACGUGCGUUGUGAAGGCUACAUCCGAUCUCAUCGUCUCUCUGCUUCUUGGAGAUGGCAACUGUGUUCGAAUGGUACAGGUGGGAGUCAUACAUCAGCUUCUGGAUCUUUUGGAGAAACACGUGGAGAGCGAAGACAUCUCUGUUCAACAUGCAGCACUCAGUGCACUUCGAAACCUUGCUAUCCCAGUUGUAAACAAGGUUCAAAUGCUGGAGGAAGGCGUGGCAGAAAGGAUUCAGGCACUCCUACGGUCAGAGAUGCCUCCCGUGCAGUUCAAACUUCUUGGAACACUACGAAUGUUAGCAGAUGGCCAAGCUGAUGCGGCUGAAAUCUUGGGCCAAGACCCCAUGCUGCUCAACAGACUGGUGCAGUGGUGUGACGUCAGUGACCACACCGACAUUUGUGGAGAAGCAAAUCGGCUCCUGGCAUCGAUCUUGCGUCACAACAGAUCCCAAGAAGUGGUCAAAGCAGUGCAGGAGGCACAAGGAGUGAAGCACCUGGUUUCCAUGACCAUGAGUGAACAUCCUGCCAUGCAGAACGAGGCUCUGAAUGCCCUGGCAAUAGCAUCUGCUAUUGAUUUAGAAACCCUUGAAGAAUCUUUCAAGGAAUCCCAGCUAGUACAAAACUUACACAAACUUCUACAAGACGAUAAUACAAGUGCCGAGGUGAAAUAUAAUUCAAUGACUCUUUUGUGCAGUCUUCUUAAUUCAGGCCACCUGAGACAAGAAAUAGAAGACAACAAGAUCAAAGAAACACUUGAACAGCUCUGCAGUCACAGCAAUGCAGAUGUGGUCAAGGAAGCUCUUCUAACACUGCAGAUUUUGAAAGGAGAGUCACCCUACUAGCCCCUUUCCUCUACAGAGCAAUUCUGUGCUUCUGCUGAAGCAGAUGCAAUAAAAUGCCAGCUCCGCCAACGCCACCUUGCAUUUGUCAUUCUGCUGCACGGAUGCUAUUAAAGACUAGGUACAACCCCUGCUUUUAAAACUGCACAAACAAAGAUUUGACCGAGAUCUCUAUUACUGCUAUUCUUCACUGAGCUACCAACACAUGCAGUAGGAUAAAUUCCAUCAAACAAGAGUGUUUGUAAACAUGAUGUGAGAACAAGCAGGCAAUUACCACUUCUGUAUUUUAAGCUGCUUCAUUUUCCCAACUCAGAGUCACACAAUUUUUAUUUGAAUUAUUUCAAAACCACUGUGAUUUGAAAAUGAUUAUAAAAAUCUAAAUCUUGGAUGACACAACCCAAAACAAUAAAGAUUUAGUUUAGAUGUGAGCCACUGAUUAAACAAAGCAAAGGGCUAAUUGGUACCAACUCAGCUCCUGCACACUGUGAGUAUAACUGUGUACCCUGUUGUUAACUGGAAAUCUCACAACCAUCCAGAAGGCUGUACCUUCAAACCAAACCCCUCUCCUCUUCCUCCUUUUAAUUUCUACAUUAGAAAUCAUUUGAGCUUGUAGCUGCUAAUAUAACAAGCUUCACUGCUAAGCGCCUGAGGUCACCAGGUCAUCCUGUGGUCAGAGAUAUGGUUGUUAUAACCUGGAAUUACAUGCAGUCCAAACAGUACUUGGACAAUACUCAAAUUAAAUCCCAAGGAGGCUGUGGAUGCCCCAUCCCUGGAAGCAUUCAAGGCCAGGUUGGAUGUGGCUCUGGGCAGCCUGGUCUGGCGGUUGGUGACCCUGCACAUAGCAGGGGUUUGAAAAGAGAUGAUCGCUGCGGUCCUUUUCAACCCAGGCCAUUCUAUGAUGCUAUGUUUUAUGGGUUAAAGCACACAGCCAUAAGGGCAUCCUAUAACUUUCCAGUGUCAAAAUACAACAGUUUCAGCCAAGCUGAACAUCAGAAUGAGGUACGGACCUGUGCCUAAACCAGGCAUUAAGAUGGAAUAUAUCAGGAUUAUUACAAGCUUUUUAUAUCUUCUAUAUACACACACCCCUCAAGUAGCCACACACAGGUUGCUGUUUUUAACAGAAGUGAUCCAGCCUUAACAUUCUACAGUAUUUAUCCUAGAUGUAUGAAUGACAAAGCCAUUAUCUAUUGGCUAAAUGUUUCUGAUACUUUGAAAAUUCAAAGCAUGUUUUUGUCUUAUCGUAUUCAAGUCAAAAUCAUCAACAUAGAUACACCAAAAUAUUAAGUAAACAUUAUGUUUAGACUUACUAGGUUACUUCCCUUCUGUACUCAGUAAUCACAGGAUCAUUGCUCAGGCAGAACAAACAAGACUGUAAGUCACUGAGUGAUACCUGGACUAGUGGCAGCCACAGUACAACCAUCAGUUUCCAUCUUAACAUAUGUCUGCAAAUUGCAUCACUGUUUCUCUGCAAACUUAUUGGUUUUUUGCAUGGGUUUCUAUUAGGAAUGAAGAGAAAAGCACACAAGUUACCCAUUAUUCAGUCAAGACUGCAUUAAAAAAAAAAAAAAAAAAAGAAAGAAAAAAAAUCAAGAAUUAAGCUGAGUGAAAAAAAAACAUAUGCAAGUAUUAGCACACCUUACCCUCACAGAAGAAAAUAGCAGUAGUGAGUGCAAGCAAUAAAUGUUAGAAACCAAAUUCCAGCAGUACAAAACAUUUAUUUUAUUUAAUCAAAUGUAAGGCUUGAGGAAAAAAUAAUAUUUAUAUAUACCAAAAGUCACUCAGAAAAGCCAUCUCAGAAGAGACAGAACCUCUCCUUCCACGGGAUAAACAUUCAAGCUGCAAGAAAACCCAUAGGCAUUAUGGGAAUGAAGAGGAAAGGGUAGAAUGGAGAGACAAAAAGCAAGGCAAUGCUAUUUAUAAACCAAGUGCCACAUGAACCUCAAUGUACUUGAUGUACAAAUCUAUCCACGUGGCACUGCACAAGAGUUAAUAGAAAUAAAGACCCCUUGGAAAGUAAUGUUCAGACUUUGAAGAGGUGACCGAAGCUCUCUCGGUCACUGCACUCUUAUCUGUGCUCGUAUUCAUCCUCCUUUUUGUACACAAACCAACUGCGUUCAAACACACAUAAGAAACAAGAGCAUUUGCACUGUCAGAACAAAUUGAGAAAUAAAUACAUUGCUUCACAGAAACAUACUGUGCUCAUUUCUGAUAAAUAAAAGUGAUCACACAUUGAAAAGUUCCCUUUGCUCAGUCCAGUUGUACAAGUCUGAUCUCGUAUGUGAAGCCUUCAUUAAAUACCUUGUUUUUGUUGUAGUGUUUGUGGAGUCGUUCCAAAUGCAACCAAUAAAAUCUCAACAUCGACAAUUUAUCAAACCUCUUCUUGCCAAACUGUUGAUUUGCUUCUCCUCCAGGGAUUCAAAGCAGGCUCACACCCAACUUCUUAUUCUGACAAGACUUGUUUGAACCAUAAACUCAACUGUUAGGCAUGAAGUCACUGUGGGUCCAUAUAAAAGGUGCUAAAUAAAACUUUUAAGUACAAAAUGGUAAGAAAGUAUUCCAAGUCUGAAAUUACAGUAGCCACAUGUACCACCACCAAAGGGUGUACUUCAAAUCGCUUAGAACGUAAAACAGCCUACAGCCACGGGAUUGUAAAAAUUUUACUCCAUAAAUGCAGAGAAGUCUAUCCACUGUGAAAAAAGAAGUGUUCAUGAACGUAAAGAGCCUCAGAUACAUUGACUGAACUUGCCCUCCUGAAUUCAGUUCUAAAGAUCCCGAAGAGUAAUGAUACAAAGCUGGUGUUAACAUGGCCAAGGCCACUAUGUACAAACUGUGUUAGGACAACACUGAUACAAACCCAAAAACUGAAGAACCAAAAGAAGCCAAGUAUCCAUUUGUCUUCAGGCAUCUUGGCAAGAUAUGCAGACAGGGAGAUUCUGAUUGAUGGUGCAGGCCCUUGGUAGCAGCUAACUUCAGUGCAUGAACUCCAUUCUGAUCUCACUGAAGACACAGUGAACUCUUGAAACAACCUCCCAGCGCUAUGUGCUUUGUAUCCAAAAAAUGACCAAGUGAAAUGUACUCCCAUGACUCCAUUUUCAACACGAUGUUUACAAACAGAAAGCUACAACAGGAAGGAUCCUUCUCUGAUUUUACAUACAUCAGAUUAUUACACAGAAUAAAGCAAGCUGGUUGACAAGGUGUUGUAAUAGUUUUGAGCACCAGAGUUAAAAGCAAAGGGUACUGAACACUGCUUUGAUGCUUGCAAAGAGGCAGUAAAUGCAGCAAACAUUUGGCUGCUCCUAAUGAAUUACACUCAACAAACGGGUAAUAAAGACCACAAUUUCAAGGCUCUGCAGAAGAAAUGCAUCUUGCUUCAUCUGCCUUCAUUGAUCUACUGCUAUUUUUCCCUUGUUGCAUAAGGAAGCUAAAAAAGUAUCACGGUGCACUUGAACAGAUUUUACUUUCAGGUUUUUCAGACGAAUAAUGGUGGACUGUUCUCUGUACUAAGGAAAUCAGCCAUCCUUAGACAAGCUUCCUUUUCUUCUUCUGUCUCAAUCACUGGCUGGAAAAAGAACUAACAAAGCUGCACUGAAAUACACAUGAGAAGCACAGCAUUGCCUGUGAAGUGUUUCAUGGGCUGAAGAGCUAGAAGGACAUCUGGACAACUGACACAAAGCUUCUUACUGCAAGUCAGCUUCUGCCAGUAAAACAUUCAUUAACACAUGCACAAUACGAAAAUGGAAAUGAAAGAUUUAGGAGUCUGGUUUCCUUAGAAGGCCAUGUACUUUGGAAAUACAACAAUCAAGUCCUUCACACAGACUGCACGUAAUAAAAAGUCAUUAGAAAAAUAUAUACUUCUCUAAAAUUUACACUCUCAGGCACUGUAAAAAAAAACAAAAACAAACACACAACAACCUGCUCUCCCUGAAAAAAUGGGUGCCACUGGAAGCAGUAAACAAUAACAGUUAGACAGCCUACUGUAAAACCAACAACUACCUCCUAGAAGUUUCCAUCCAUAUACAUCCAUCUUUGAUAGAUUAAAAUAGCACGCCAGGCAUGGCCGCGCUUUUGCAGCCACUGCAGUCCUAAUCCAAAGACUUUCAGAGAACACUGGGCAUCUUACUGAGCUCCAGAUCAACCACCAGGAAAAAAGGAUGGUAAGAAGAGUUCAGGUUUCUUCUGGUAAAAGCAAAAACAAUAAAAACCCACAGAAGUUGCUCAAGCAGAAAUAAUUAAAUUUGAUAUCAUAACAAAAAUCUGUGAAGAAAUGGUUCUUGCCAGCACACUGUGAUUGGCCUUUGAACCAUGUAUUAGAAUACCAACAGAAUUGAUGAUUUAGUAACUUCAUAGAAGAUUCAUAAAAAAAUUCAAAAGCUAGUGUUCUUCUAAAUGCAUACUUUCUGAUUUAAAAAAAAAA